AUGGAGAACAAUACGAACAUCGAUGGAAAUGUACGCAAGGAGAAAUCGGUGAGGUUCAACCAGAAACCUGAAGUAUUAGUCUUCGAGUCGCAAUCUAACGAUGUCGGCGAAUCAAAUCCGAUGACCAGAUCUCCUUUGCUAGCGAGCGUUUAUGACGUCAAGUGGAUGCUCCGGUUCUUGGCGUUUGGUGAGUCGCGGCACCUGGACCACAAUAGAGUUUGUGUCCUCUUCCCGUGUCGCCAAUUAGCCCCCGGGAGCAGGCAGAAGAGUCGGCGGGACGACGAUGGAUUCGUCCGGUAUGUUCCCUCACUGGCCGGAAAUUUCAACCGGCUAAUGCCAUGUGAAAUUUUCGGCCACGUACCAGUUGGUCCGUUCGUGAGGGUCAUACUGGCCGAAAUUUUUUUUCGUGUGUUGCCCAGCCGAAGAAGCAGCAGAAUGGUGGCUGACUACCGCUGCCAGACUGGUGAACGUCGAAUGCGGAAUGAGUGCACCUGUAUCAUCCACUACGGCGUUCACCAUAAAGCGGCUGGUAAUCGAGUACGGUCGGCGUAGUGUCGCUAUCGAUAUCCGGCACAGUGAGCUACGCGACUGUACUCGAUGCAUUUGUACGUCCUAAUGUGUACAGGAUGGCCAGCCUGUACACAUUAGUGUCUCGGCGGGCCGGCUUAGCGGACGUGCUCAAACAUUUGGAGUGCCUCAUCAACCGGUAUGUGGAGGUCAUACCGGUUGUUUUGUUGAUGGCACAUUCUCAUCG